AUCACAAAAGGCAUGGCAACUUUUGUAAACAAAUUUUCGAAAACUGUUUCUGUCUAAAUUAAGUUCAAGAAUUGAAUCAUGUUUCAAUUGGUUUUAUUCUUCGCACAAUUUCUCCUCUACAUACGCUGCGAUUUCAGUCCGAAAAAGGAUGGCGUUAAUUUCUAUUGCAAGACGCCUUGUAAAAAACAGGGUAACAACACAGUUCCAGCGACUGGUUGCAAUUGUAAGCUAGCAGGAACUCGUACAGAAAUCGACUUGGACCAGUUCAUGGCAUUCCGGCAAUUCAUUGUGAAUGAACACAAUCAUUACAGAAAUCUGUUGGCUUCUGGUAACGAGACACGAGGCUUCGCCAAAUCAGUAGCUAACAUGCAGGUUCUAAAUUAUGACUUGGAACUGGAAUAUCUCGCGAGAUGCUUCGGCAGAGGACUUUUUAUAGGAAAACACGACGGCUGUAGAAACUUGCUAGAUCAGCAAGUCAGCGAAUUGAGAGCAGGGCAGAAUUUAGGUUCGCUUCGUGACCCCCCCAAGAAAGGGUUCGACCAAUUAAAAGAGAUGAUAUCAGGCUGGUACGAGCAAGUUCAAAAUUUGGACGAGGAAAUACAUAAACGUUUCCAUUUCAUAAAAGGCAAGCAAAUUAAAGAGUUUACAACGAUGUGUUGGGGGCCGGCUGAUUCAGUCGGAUGUGCUCGAAUUUAUGUUAAAGAUCCGAAAAAAGACAAAUUUGCGCCUGGCUUUACAGAGAAACAUACGUAUCUGAUUUGCAACUACGCUUCGAGGAAGCUAAGGGCUAUUAUUAAUGUAGGAGGGGUGCGGUUGUAUGCACAAGGGCCGCCUUGCUCGAAAUGUCCGGACUAUACGGAGUGGAAGGAUUGCAACGACAAAUUCACCUCUUUGUGUGGAAUAAUACAACCGAUUCCCAAAGAACAACCCUUCGAUUUUUUCGGAAAUAGGACUUCUGCAGAAACUCAAGUUGCCGGAAAAGUUUAUACUUUGGCAUUGGCUUUUUGUAUUCAAAUUCUUGUAAAAUAAAACCGUGACCAUAAUAUGG